GUUUGUAAAUAAAUUUAUGAAUGGAAUGCGCAAGAAAAUUAGACAACGAAUUUGGAUAUAAAUACGUCCACAGCAGACACUUUCAAAUUAUUCCUACUUCUUCAGGUGUACAGCAAGCAUCUCAACCUGCCAUCUUAGACCGAUCAUGAGAUUUCUCCUGCUUCCACUUUUCUUGGCCUCUGCCGCCAUGGCCGCCAAUAUGGGCAUGAACAUCCACGGUGGAGCCUACAAUUUCGGUUACGCCACUGGUGAUGCUGGUGGACACAGCCGAGUGGAGUCCGGUACCGCUGGAAACGUCGCUGGGAGUUACAGUUACGUUGAUCCUAACGGAGAUCUUCGCACCGUUCAAUACACUGCUGGACCAGGAGGCUAUCAAGCAAGUGGGGACAUAUCUGUAGACAGAAAAACAGCCGCAGCUGCUGCUGCUCUCGCCGCUAUGGCACCCAAGGCUCCUCCAGCCGCUGUCCCUAUUGCUCCUGUUGCCCCGUGGUAUGGCCCUGCACACUAUGGAGGCGCAAAUGUCAUUAUGACCGGAGGGCCUGGAAUGGCUCAGUACAUGGCCAAAUGGUAAAAGGUUAAAAUAUAUUUUCGCUGUGCUUGGAUAUAGAGCUCGGCUGCUUCAAUUUUUUGAAGACAAGAAGUAUAUGUCACGAGCCAUUACAAGAUAUUGUGCCAUAUUUAGGCAUUAAAGAAAAUGUAAAUACAGAAAAUAAAAUAAUAUUUUUAAACACAAA